GUGAUCAUCACUGAGCAGUCGAGGGUGAAACAGGUUUCAUUGUGGCGAGUACUGAGUUUAUAGUUUGUACAGUUAUAUAAUUUGGUCUUUCUUGGUCGUUUCGGCGGCGUUAAUCUUCUCUGUCGUUGAUUAUCAGCCGUUCACAUCGGAAUGGCCGAGCCGAGCGCCAGAUAUCAGCAGCUGCCAAAUGAGGAGGACCCAGAGGAGAGUCCACAGGUAGCAGCUGAUGCCCCACCCCCCUACAGCAGCAUCGCAGCAGAUAAUGCUGCCCACUUCGACUACAAAGAAGAAGGGGUUUUCCCCAAGCCUCCAUCAUACAACGUAGCCACGACACUGCCUUCCUAUGAUGAAGCAGAAAGAACCAAGGCUGAGACGACUGUUCCCCUGGUAACUGGAAGACAGCAGCCUCAGCACAGGGAACGCCUGGAGACUUUUGACGAUGUAAUUCGCAGUUCACUCGAGGAUGAAGAUUUUGUUACCAGAGAUGACUUUGAAGAUGCUGAUCAGCUGAGGAUAGGAAAUGAUGGCAUUUUCAUGUUUACUUUUUUCAUGGCAUUCCUGUUCAACUGGAUCGGUUUCUUCUUGUCUUUCUGUCUGACCACCUCAGCUGCCGGUCGCUACGGGGCCAUCUCAGGCUUCGGGCUCUCUCUCAUCAAAUGGAUCCUCAUAGUCAGAUUCUCCACAUACUUCCCUGGUUAUUUUGAUGGGCAGUACUGGCUGUGGUGGGUCUUCCUGGUUUUGGGAUUUUUGCUCUUCCUCCGAGGAUUCAUCAACUAUGCCAGAAUCCGCAAGAUGGCUGACACUUUGUCCACCCUGCCCCGCACCCGAGUCCUCUUCAUCUACUGAGCUCUCAAUCACUUUUCGUUAUAGUUUGAUUUUCUCCCUGUCAGUGGGACACAAAGUCUGGCUUUAUCAAAUCAAAAAGGGAGAAAAGAACUUUUUUCCCCCUUCUGCUUGACAAUAUCAGGACAGUAUAAAGCUUAUUGUCCCCUCUUGAUGUAAAAUAGUGAUUGCUAAGAAAUCUGUAAAAACCUUCAGUUGUUAGUGGUGAAUUGUUAAGUGCUAUUUGCGAUUAUGAAGUGUGUGUUGUAUAAAUUAAUGCCUUAUUUUACUGUUUUAUUAUCUGUUGGUAGCAGCAGCAUGUGCUGUUUUCCUGUUUCGCCACCAGGGGGCAGUCUUGUUUGUGUUAUUUUUCAUCAGUCUACUAUUUGAUGAAGUCAUGUGUGGUAUGGGGUGGUUUGCAGCACAGGGGUCAGUGGGCUAUUUUAGGUCUAUGGAUGGAUUUAAGCCGUGUAAAAAAACAUAUUAAUGCACCUGUUAAAUAAGUGUUUUUUUAACCUUUAUUAUUUUAAGUCCCUUGUGAAGGAGUGUUUUAAGUCAGGUUGACCAAGACUGAAAGGGAUAAAUUAGCUUUUUUUUUAAGUCUAAAAAGGUUUAUUAAUACUUGUAUAGAGGAUGAGGGCUUAUGUUUGAAGAUUUUUUCCCUUCUUUAGUUUUUGUUAACACUGUUCAGGACAGAAGCUAUGAUGAGUUUGAAACGUGUCAGCAGGGAAAUGUUUUGGGAUUUCCAGGGUGGACUGGAGCAGAGCAAAGGCAUUCCCUUUCUCAGGAAAAGGGCAAAAUGAAGAUGGAUUUGGAUGUAGAAGCAGGACUGUUCUAAUAGUUUAAUGAUUUUAAGGUUUUGUCUUUUGACGGAUACAUAUUUAUGCCCAGUUUGAUUGGAAGAAUGUGCUAUCUGGUUUAUAUCAAUACAGAACAGUUUAUCCCUUUACGUUUUAAUGAAGUAUUAAAAAUUCAUUGUUCUUCUGUUUAUCUUCAUUUCAGGGUAGAUGAAAUAAUUAUUUUCUAUUAAGGAUUUUGUUUGAAUAGCUCUAGGAAACAAUGCAAAUUUUUGAGCUAUUAUCAAGUAGUGACAAGCUGCAAGUUGGACAAAAAAAAAAGAUAACAUUAGUCUUUUGUUAGCUAUUCACGUUAAUUCCAGUUGGCUUAAAAUGGCAGUCAGAGAUCAUAGCAUUUGUUCUGCCAAAGAUUUAGUCCAAUCAUUCGAAAGAUGUUUUUGGGCUCAGGUGUGUCUUGACUUUAGGAGAAAAAUAAAAAAAGAAAGCAUUUAAAAAGGAUUACAUAAUUAAAAAAGCUUUAUUUCUGUCUCUCAGGAUCUUUGGGACUUUGAAAUUUCAAUGAUGUGUAUUUUUUUUUCCUCUCCAAAACACUGAAAUUGGAGAUGUAUAUCAAUAAAUGACUUGUCAGUGGAUAAUAAA